CGGGAUUUUACUAUGAAGGCACCCUAAGCGGACAUUGUUGCUUGACAGCCAAACAGAUCCGGUUUCACGUCGGGCUCUAAAAUUAGGGAGGCACCCCGCGUACGGGUGACGCGAGUGGGCUAAAGUGGACCGUGUGUGUCCCCCCCUUUCGCUAACAGGAGGACACUUCCUCUCGAUGACAAGAGGAUAUUUUGGGAGCGUGGCCGUCAUCGCGCCGUGACCGGCGGCUAUAAAGGACCCCCCACCCGCGGUCAUGCAGCUCUUCAACAGCGCCCUGACGCACUACCCGAAGUCGUCCAGCAAACUUGCCAUCACUUUGUCCAGCGACACCGGGACCCCACCUGAGGUAGUCACCCCGCCUCUGACGCACCCAGACGCCGCUGACGAGGACCCGGUGAGAGAGGCUGCAAACAUGCCCGCCUUUUCCUGCUACGAAGCCUCCUCGGCCAGGCCUGUUUACUUCACUUCCACCGCCGAGUUGUUGAUCCGCAGACCGGACGGCGUGGAGAGGGCGGUGCCGGUCCACAUCACCAGGGUGCCCAAGCCUCCUUCCCCUGCCCCUGACGUGAUGGUGGACUUGAUGGAUCAGCUCAGGAAUGAAUCAAACGAAGUUUUCCUGGAGAACCCCGCGCAUGUUUUCUUUGAGAACAGGUGGGAGGAGCCCGCUCAGCUUGAGCAUCCCCAAGAGGUCCAGACUAGUGUCCCGACGGACCAGGGACCGGACUUUGAGUUGAGCGUCCUGCAGGAGAAUCCCCAGAGAGGCGACGAUAAGGUGGCUCGCUACCUUGCCGAGGUCGAGACUCAGAACCAGUACCUCCAGGAGAGGCAGAAGUUCCGGUACCACAUCAUUCCAGACGGCAACUGCCUGUACCGGGCCGUGUGCAAGGCCUCGUACGGCGACCAGGCCCGGCACGGCGAGCUGAGGGAGCGCACGGUCCACCACAUCGCCGACCACCUGGACCAGUUCAACCCAGUCAUCGAGGGCGACGCGGGCGAGUUCCUGAUCAACGCGGCGCAGGACGGCGCCUGGGCCGGGUACCCCGAGCUGCUGGCCAUGAGCCAGAUGCUGGACGUCAACGUCCACCUCACCACGGGGGGCAGCGCCGAGAGCCCCACCGUCUCCACCAUGGUGCACUUCCUGGGCCGGGAGGACGCGUCCAGGCGGGCCGUCUGGCUGAGCUGGCUGAGCAACGGACACUACGACGUCCUCAUGGACUCGCGCCUGGACAACCCCGAGUACGAGGACUGGUGCAGACAUUCUCAGAUGCAGAGGCGGCGGGACGAGGAGCUGGCCAUGUCCAUGGCGGCGUCUCUGUCCAAAAUGUACAUUGAGAAGAACGGAGGAGCAUGAACGCACGAUUCGGCGCCUCAAAGGAUUUAUUUUUGAUACGUGGUAUGACAGUGAGGAAGUGCGACAUUGAUUCUCGGCUAUUUAUUUGCUACUUUAGCUAUUCCGUAAACCGACAACUUAACCUUUUUGUCACCUUUUCUAUCGCUAUUCUCCAAAUAAAGAUGUAAUUUUAUUGUU